AUGUCAGGCGUAGCCGAACCCGAUGUUGCGCUCCCCACUGCACCAUCACCCGACGCUCCAAAGAAAACCUACGACGCAUCAUGCCACUGCGGCGCCUUCAGAUACUCUGUCGCUGUUUCACCUCCACUAGAUGACCCAAAUGCGGCUGUGAUGGAAUGCAAUUGUAGCAUCUGCGUAUGCAAUGGCUACCUCUUUGUCUACGUGCCCAACGAACUCGUCAUUUUCACCGAGGGUAGUAUUGAGCAGUUCAAAUCUUACUCUUUUGGCUUUAAAAGGGUAAAUCAUUACUUCUGCGGCACCUGUGGCGCAUCGUGCAUGGUGCGCUCCAAAGACCCUAGUUUCUUUCCUGGAAUGACUUGUGUCAACGUACGCAUGCUUCAGGGCGUAAAGCUCGAAGAUUUGAAGCUCAUGUCUCCCUCCCUUUUAACACCCAACACCUCUUCUACACCAACUUCGCCAGGGCGUUGGGUAGUCACAGAAUUUGGCAAGCCAUCCGUGCUAAAAUGGGAAGCGUUUGAUCCCACGGCCUCGCUUUCUGCUGGCGGAGUCCUCAUCCGCAUUCUCGUUGCUGGUAUCGCAGGAGUCGACAAUAUACAACGCUGUGGGGGCUACCCUCAUCCGUUAGCAAAAGAUCCUGGGUUUACAACUGGGUAUGACCUUGUGGGCGAAAUCAUAGCGCUGGGUGAUGCUGUGCCAGAAGAGAGAGGACUGGAGGUUGGAGAAAGAGUGACGGCAUUGAGUAUCAUUGGUGCGCACGCUACACAUAUCGUGCUGCCGUAUGAAGAAGUCAUGAAGCUGGACAAGCAUGACGAUCCGCUAAAGAUAUGUGCACUGCCGCUGAAUUACAUGACAGCAUGGGGUAUGCUAAAGCACAGUGGUGUGAAUUUAGCGCCCGGCUCGAGUAUCUUGAUUGGGAGUGCAAGUGGAGGACUGGGUACGGCUGUUGCGCAGCUUGUCAUGGCGUUCGAUAUGGGUAUCAAGAUGAUCGGAACAUGUUCGCCGAGCAAGUUUGAAUAUGUCCGCUCGUUGGGUGUGGUGCCGCUGGAUCGAAGUGCUCCAGAUCUUGUUCAACAAGUUCAUGCACUGACAGACGGGAAAGGAGUUGACGUUGCAUAUGAUGGCGUUUGCAAUGAAAAGACUGCACACGACUUCCUCGCAGCAACCAGGCAAGAUGUUGGCAAAGUAGUUGUCUUUGGAGUCAUGGGAAGUAUUGCAGAUGAUGGGAGCAAGAUGUUGGGAAGCAUCGAUGAACUGUUUGCAGCACUGUUGCAACCUCCACGAGUGAGCUUCUGGUCGCUUGACAUAGAGUUCCCAAGAAAGAAAGAAGUAGCGGAGUUUUAUGCCGUUGUGGAAAAAGUAAGAGAGGGGAAAUUAGAUCCCGUUGUUGCGAAGCUGUUGAGACUGAGCAACGCAGUGGAAGCGCAUGAGCUCCUCAUCAACGGGAGUGCGAUCAAAGGGAAGAUGCUGUUUGUGGUAGAUGAAGAGUUGGCCAAGUUCUACGGCGUAUGA